AUGGCCUCGAACGACACUGCGGCCGCCGAGCGCGAAGAACGUCUCAAAUCCGCACUAUGGUACUCAAUAGGCCAGUAUAUCGACGACCAAUCCCUCGACUCGGACCUAAACGCAACGCCGCAAUUCAUCGGUGCCCUGACCGAACUCGUCUACACGCAAAUCGCCAACACGGCGCGCGACCUCGAGACUUUCUCACGGCAUGCCGGCAGGAGCGCGGUGGGCGUCGACGAUGUCAUGUUGCUGGCGAGACGGAAUGAUGCGCUGGAGAUCAUGUUGAGGGGGGAGUUGGAGAGGUUGAGGGAGGGGGAUGAUGUGGGAGCGGGGAGCGGAGGAGCUGCUGGGAAGAAGAGGGGACGGCCUUCUGGGGGUGGGAAGGCCAAGGGGAAAGGCAAAGUAGGGUCAUGA